AUGGUAGUUUCUGAGAAGAUGAAGCAUGUGGACUUUGUUGUCUAUUUUAAUUCAACUGAAUGUGAAGUUCAAUGCAUAUGUCGGUUGUUUGAGUUUAGAGGCAUUAUGUGUGCUCACUCACUCGCUGUGCUUGUCAGAAGAUGCAUAAAUGAGGUGCCAAGUAAAUACAUUUUGCCCUGGUGGAGAAAAGAUGUGGAUAGAGAAUACGCAUGCAUCAAAACCACAUACACUGGCUUUGGGAAUGAUUUCAAUGCAAGUACCUAUGAGAGGAUAAACAAAAAAUUUAUUGCCAUUGUACAACUUGCUGGUAACUCUGAAGGCAAAACUAGAAUUGUAGACCUUGGGUUGGAUGAAAUCAAGGAGAGAGUCAUGAAAGAAGAAUCCGAUGAUGGGAGUAAUUUACCAUGUUCAACAAGAAGUCCGAUUCACACCAGUUCUACACAAGGAGGUACUAGUAGGAAGGUGAUUAGUCCUUUGGUUGCUCGGCGAAGAGGUCGUCCAGUUACGAAACGGAAGAUUGCCAAAGUAGAUCAAAUUGUUAAUCGGUUCAAGGCUGCUAAGUUGCUCCGAUUUGAAUGUGAAGCACAAGCUCAAACACCGUAUUAUCCUUAUAUGGUUGGCACAGAGAAUAGUAUGUAUGUACCGGUGGCCCAUGGUAUUAGAGGCACAUCUCUUACUCCAUCGGACUUCAUAAGUGGCACAAGGGGAAGUUUGAUGAGUGCUCCAACUCAGAUUUAUGGUUCUGCAUCGGGAAGCUUGGAUAUUACAGACUUGUUUGCUAAAUUGCUAAUACAGGUCAACAGGUUUACUAAUACAGGUGAACAGAUGUCAAGUUCAAGUGUCAGUGGCAGUAGCUCAGUUUAUGACUGUCUGACAAGAGCUGAAUUUGAGAGUAAAUGGGAAGAGAUGCUUGCAACAUUCAAUCUUUAUGAUAAUGAGUGGUUGGGGGUACUAUAUGAUGAGCGGAAUCGACAGGUACCUGUCUAUGUUAAAGACAUUUUUUGGGCUGGCAUGUCAACUACACAACGAAGUGAAAGUACGAAUGCGUUUUUUGAUGGAUAUGUAAAUCCAAAAGCUACAUUGAAGCAAUUCAUUGAACAAUAUGACAAUGCCUUGAGAAAUAAGGUAGAGAAAGAGAAGAAAGCAAACUUCAAGUCUCGACACAAAUUAUUUGAUUGCCUAACUAUAUACGGGUUUGAGAAGCAAUUUCAGCAAACCUACACCAAUGCAAAAUUCAAAGAAGUUCAAGGAGAGUUGAAGAGAUUAGUUUACUGUCAGGCGGUGAUUGUGAAAGAUGAGAGAUCAAUUUCUACAUAUAAUGUCUAA